UAUGUCAUUUGAGACUCCUCCGUGGCUGCAGUGCAGACAUCCAUGAUGCGGGCUGUCAUCGUGCUGCUGAUCUCUCUCCUGUGCCUGGGCUCUGCUCAGGGUGGGAAGCUGCUAGUGAUGCCAGUAGACGGCAGCCCCUGGAGAGGGAUGAAGCCCCUAGUGGAGGAACUAGGGAGGAGGGGUCACCAGGUGGUGGUCGUGAUCCCAGAGGUUAGUCUCAGCUUGGGCCCCUCUGAGCACACCACCACCCUGACCUAUUCUGUGCCACAUUCCAAAGAAAGCUUUGACACGGACGUAGAGGAAUACCUGCGCCAAUACAUGAGCAUUGAUGCCUCUACUGCUGUGGCGAGGCUUAGGUACUACUUGGAUGAAAUCACAACGAUGAGUACUUUUGCCAUGAUAGCCUGUGAAAGCAUGCUGUACAACAAGGAGUUGAUGCAGACCUUACGGGACUACGAGUUUGAUGCCCUCCUCAUUGACCCUUCUGAGCCUGUCGGAAUCAUCGUUGGGGCGUAUCUGGACGUUCCAACCGUCUACAUGAUUGGUCCUUAUCCUUGCCCCCUGGAGAAAAUGGCCACCAGAUGUCCUCACCCUGUUUCAUACCUGCCACUACGCUACACACACUACAGCAAUCGCAUGAGCUUGUGGGAGAGGACCGUCAACCUGCUGAGGUCCGUACUGGAGCCUGCAGCCUGCAGUCGUCUCUACGUUCAUGCAGACAAGAUGGCGUCUGAUUUCCUGCAGAGGGACACAUCCAUUGUGGAGCUGGCGAGUAACGCAGCACUGUGGCUUGUUCGUUUCGACUUUACCUAUGAGUUCCCCAUGCCUCUGAUGCCAAACAUGGUCAUGAUUGGUGGGAUGAAAGCAGGAAAGCCAAAACCCCUACCACAGGAGGUGGAGGAGUUUGUGAAUGGAUCUGGUGAACACGGCUUUGUGGUCUUCACGCUGGGCUCAAUGGUGUCCCAGAUGCCUGAGGAGAAGGCCCGAGUGUUCUUCGAGGCAUUCCGGCAGAUUCCACAGAGGGUUUUGUGGAGGUACACUGGACCCGUGCCUGAGAACGCCCCAAAGAAUGUCAAACUCAUGAAGUGGUUGCCUCAAAAUGACCUUUUAGGUCACCCGAAGGUGAAGGCUUUCAUCACACAUGGAGGGUCCCAUGGUAUCUAUGAGGGUAUAUAUAGCGGUGUUCCCAUGGUGACGAUCCCAUUGUUUGGGGACCAGGGUGACAACGCCCAGCGCAUGGUUGCACGUGGUGUUGCCGAGUCGUUGACCAUUGCCGACGUAACCACAGCCAAAGUGUUGGAAGCACUCAACAAAGUCAUUGGUGACAAGAGCUACAAGGCAAAUAUGAUGAAGCUGUCGGCUGUGCACAAGGACCGUCCGAUUGAACCUCUUGACCUGGCCGUCUUCUGGACCGAGUUUGUAAUGAGGCACAAAGGAGCGGACCACUUGCGGUCCACUGCCCACGAGCUGAGCUGGGUCCAGUACCACAGCCUUGACGUGAUCGCGUUGCUAACAACCGCCAUACUCACUCUUGUUCUUGUCACCAUUAAAUGUUGUAUGUUCUGUUUUAGGAAGUGCAUGGGAAAGGCAAAACCAAAAGAAAACAAAAAUAAGAGACAAUAGUUGAGAAAAAUAGCUGAUGUAUUUGGGGAGAAAAAAAAUAUUUGAAAGUAAAACUCUAUGGGAAAUUCCUACUAUACUUUAGUAGCUGUUGCAGCGCUGUCGCCAUCAGUUUAGCUCGGAAUCUCAUAAUUUUUACUUUAAAUUCUAAUUUUCGGAGAUAUUGACUUUGAGUUUUCAUUGGUUGUCGGUUAUA